CACAUGGGAAAAGGUACGUAAUUGGGAAACGACCAAGACCCCAUCGACCAUUAUAAAUCUAACGACUUGCCUAAAAGCCAUAUAUGCUUGAUCUUAAAUUUCAGUUGGAUUUGCUGCAUGAUAUCUUCAUUUGCAUAUUUCCAAAACCAUAGCAAACUAGCUUCUUAAUUUGUCCAUUCAACCCCUAGCCUACUUAUACUCCAUCUUGUAGCGGUUGUAGUUAACAUAUGUACUCUGUCGUAAUUUCAAUAAGCUCCUCAUUCAAGAUCAUUCAGAGUUCAGAAAAUCUUGUACGCAUCAUAACUUAGUAAGCUUAAGUUAUGAUGGAUUCUGAUGAACCCAUUCAAAAAAUAGAGACCUCAGAUGACGAGUCAAUCAACCUUACAGGGUAUCAUAUUUUUUUUAAUAUCUCUAACAGGUUUUUCCAUUUUUUUUUCCUUUUAAAAUUAAAACAAAGGAUUUUUGCAUCAGAUCAAUAUGGUUGUUCCAAAUAGGAUUUUAUUUUGCAUGUUUAAUUCUUGUGUAUUAAUUGUUCAGCAUGUCAGGUGAUGAAAUUAUAAAGCUUGCGAAGUAUGGCAACAGAGAUGGAAGAGAUAGAUUAAACUGGUUCAAACUAUUGAUUGAAUUUAGCAAAUUUAUUGAGAUUGCAAUUUUGAUGGGCCCUAUCCUUGUGGACACUUUGUUCUUGUACGUUCCCAUCAUCAAUGAAAAUAUCAAGUGUCUCGCGUUAGACGAUAAAUUAAAGAUUAUAGCUAUUGUUUUGCGACCAUUUACGGAUCUCCCUUUUCUACUUAACCUCCUCCAUCAUGUGCUGCCUACCUGGUGCACAUCGUACAUUCUGGAAUAUCUCCUAGCUGACGUCAUACCCGAAUCCCGAAUGUAUAACAUUUUAGCUGUUCUUCCAAUUCCACAAGUUGUAAUUCUAAUUUUCCUUCCAAAAACGAGGAACUCAAGAUCUUUGAAUAUAAUGAAGUUUUUGAACUCACUUAUUCUAUUGCAAUAUGUUCCACGAGCUUAUCCAAUGUACGAAAUAUGUAAGCACUCUAACAAGGAAAUACGUGAACGUAUCAAGGAAACACGUGAACGUAUCACGGAACUUGCUUGGAGAAAGCAAAUAUGGAUUUCGGGGGUAUUAAAUUUCAUCAUGUACAUCCUUGCUAGUCAUGUACUCGGGGCAUUUUGGUACUUUUUUUCUGUUCAGCGAAAGAUAGAUUGUUGGAUCUCUACUUGUCGAAGUGAAAAUGGAUGCAACUUAAGUACUUUACAAUGUGAUAAUACUCCGUUCAAAAACGUCACACUUCUAAAUGAUUUAUGUCCAACAAAUCCACCAAAUCCAAUGGCAUACGAUUUUGGCAUAUUCGUUGACAGUCUUCAGUCUGGCAUAGUGGGAACAACAGAUUUUCCUCAAAAACUCUUGAUGUGUUUGUCGUGGGGCUUACGAAAUUUGAGUUCUUUUGGUUCAAACCUCAACUCUAGUACCAAUGCAUGGGAAAGCGUCUUUGUAAUUUCUAUUUCGAUCAGUGGCCUGCUACUAUUCAUGUAUCUGCUUGGACAUGUGCAAACAUUUAUGCAGGCAAUUAGCAGAACAUCUCAGAUAUGGCAGGGGUGGGGAGUCAUAUUUCCACGAAUACAGUUCAUGGUAUCUGAAUAUGGUCUUAAAGAGGAGGUAGAGUUUGCAAUUUGGAAAUUGGUAAUAGAAGCACUUGAAGAGGACGAAGGCCUUGCUGCAGAGAAUAUCUUCUCGUUACUUCCUUGGAGACUUCAGAUACGUUUGCAGUGCCAUCUCUUCUUGGCUACACUAACGAAAUUGCCAGGGCUUGAAAACAAGGACAGACUAGUGUUGGAUGCAAUCAUGGAGGAUCUUGAGCCAGUUAGCUAUGCUGAUGGUACCUAUAUUAUUCGAGAGGGGGAGCCACUAGAUAGGAUGCUCUUCAUCACGCAGGGCAUUGCACUUGGUUACAAGACUGGAACUACUGGUGGCGAAAGUGGCUCGUCAAGCACUACACCUAUUGCGAAAGGUGAGGUUUAUGGAGAAGAACUUAUGGCUUGGGCGGCAACAUCUACCCAAUUUUCCGGCUUACCCAUCUCAGACCAAACCGUGAAGUCCCUAUUAUCCGGCUUACCCAUCUCAGGCCAAACUGUCAAGUCCUACGGAGAAGUUGAAGUCUUUGCAAUCAGGGCUGACAGAUUAAAAAUUAUUGUCUCUAAGUUCUCGACGCAUUUCAACACAGAGGAUAUUACUAUGGUGUAAAUAACUAGUAACUAGAUUUUUAAUUCAAAAUUUUUAUAUAUUCAGCUAUUUUUCAAAUUUAAAGAAUUUAAACGUCAUCUACUUUCCUCAACAUUAGCAAAACACAAGAAUACCUGUCAGGUUCAAUUGUACCACAAUUGUAAUAGAGAAAGCUCUUUAGGUGAGUUUCAAUGGCUGUUACAGUCGUAAUGAAGGUUUAAGCAGCAA